CUCCUCAGUCAAGCCUGGUCCUGACGCACAGCAGAGCGCAAUCAUGCAACCAGGAUGCGUGUUGGUGCGGAGGAAUCGUGCGCAGCAGACUUGCGCCACGCCUAUUUUUUUUCUUGAUCAGCGCGUUCCCGACGCUGCCUGGCUGAUCGCCAUCGCCAUCGUCGCUGCCAUUGCUAUUGCCGUUGCUGUUGCCAUCGUCGCAGCUGUCACCAUUGCCAUUGCCAUCGGAAAAAUGGCCAAGACACAGACCAAAGGAGGGUCGGCCCUCAAAAAGCUCAAAGAGAAUCUCAAGAGCGCUGGGGUUAUUGGUCCCAAGGCCAAGACAACCCGAGUCUCGAAAAAGGCUGCAACAAAGAAGAAGGUCGAGGCGGCCGGGGUUCGAAAAGAAAUCAAGGAGGCAAUCAGGGAAAUCGACAGCAAGACCAGAGAGGCAAACCCGUUCGAGCUCAAAUUUUCGCGACCAAAGCAUGAGAUCAUUGGGCGCAAAAUCAAGGGUGUGGGUGGGAAGCCUGGGCUCACCCGCAAAAAGUCCGAGGAAAUCCGCAAGAGCACCAUAAAAGUCGAGAUGGAGCGCAAGUUUCGAGAGGGCGCUUUCGUUGAUCGGCGUAUUGGCGAAAACGACCCCGGAAUGUCCCUGGAGGAUAAAAUGCUUGAGCGCUUCGUUCGAGAAAAAUCGAGGCGGACCGACAAGAAUUCCCUUUUCAACCUGGAAGAAGAGGAGCUCACCCACUAUGGUCGAUCUAUCUCAACAAUCGAUGACUUUGAUGAUACUGGACUCAAUGAUGAUGAUUCCGAAGACGGAAACAUCGACAAAGACACUGUCAAAUACACACAUUUUGGAGGGUUUGAAGAUUCGAACAUGGACCCCAAUCGACGCAAAUCCAAGAACGAAGUCAUGAAAGAAGUGAUUGCCAAGAGCAAAUUUCACAAGGCGGAGAGGCAGAAGCAACGGCAAGAAGAUGAAGAGCUUACUCGUGAGGUCGACGCCGAUUUUGACGACAUCCGUCAACUGUUGAGUGGGUCUACAGCAAUGCCAGAUAUGCCAUCAGGACCCAAGCUGGAUGAUGAAAUGUACGAUCAAUAUGUCCGUGAUCUUGCUUUGGAUAAGCGUUCCAAGCCUACGGAUCGUCUCAAGACCGAAGAGGAAAUUGCGAUGGAGGAAAAACAAAAGUUGGAGAGCCUGGAGAAAGAGCGCUUGCGCAGGAUGCGCGGGGAAGAAAUCGACGCGGCUUCUGGCAAUAGGGGCGUCAAUCGCAGUGCUCAAGCUGAUGAUCUUGGAGAAGAUUACAUUGUCGAAGAUAUCAACACCAAAGGUGGAAGCAGCCGUGAAGGUGAUCCUCACGAGCCAAGUAACCAGCCGUUGACCUAUCGGAACGGCGUGCUCGUCAACAAAGAUAUCUUCUUCCGGAAGCGUCCAAGAAGUCAACACCAAGAUGACGACGACGACGACGACGAUGACGACGACGAUGAUGAUGAUGAUGCUGAUGAUGACGAUGAUGACGAAGAUGACGAUGACGAUGACGAUGAUGACGAUGACGAUGAUGAUGACGAAGAUGACGACAACGAUGACAGUGGUCCCGAGGAAGUCCACGAUGAUGAAGAGGAGAUAGAGGAUUAUUCCUCUUCCGCGAAUGAACAAGUUGAAAGUGAUGAGCAAGAGGCAAGCAAACCACAAUCAAAGUUGAUCCAAAAGUCUAUUCCGGCCAUCCUCCAAAACGAAGCCAUGGAGGCUGCCCGAAGAGAGCUGCCGUACACCUUCCAAGCACCUUCUACUCGUGUAGAGUUUGAGGCGUUGAUCGCAGGACGAACUGUAUCGGACAUUGAAACGAUCAUCCAUCGCAUCCGGACGAUAUACCACAUCAAGCUCGCGGCAGCUAACCGAGAGAAGCUUGUCAAGCUUAUGCAUACUUUAUUCGACUACGUAAUCCAUGCGGCUGACACCAAACCCGUUGAAGCGGCCCAAAUCGAAGUACUGGCUCGCAACGUCAUCGACAUGGCCCAAGUCUUCACGGCCGAAGCCGUUGACUAUGUGCUGAAGAAACUGGAGCUGAUGCAACGGCGCAUAACCCAGAAGUCGAAUUAUCCUGGUGCUGGGGAACUGACGCUGCUCCGGAUGAUAGGAAAAAUAUUUCCCACAUCCGACUUCCGUCACCCUGUCACCACUCCGGCCACUAUUUUGAUGGCACAGCUCUUAUCUCUUGCGCCAGCGCGCGACGGCCGUGAUAUUGUUGCUGGACUCUACGUUUGUCAGCUACUCCUGGAGUAUCAAUCUCUAUCAAAGCGCUUUGUUCCUGAGGCCCUGAAUUUUGUGAACUUUGUGAUAUUGUCCGCAUCGACUUCCGAGUCGAAAAGCACACCCGGCUUGUUUCCGUUGUCCCAUCCGCCGGUUAUCAGCCUCCGCAUUGUCGAUCCUGAGGCGGAGAUGAAGCCACUGAACUUUUCGACACUGCUGGCCAAGGAGGAACAGUCCGAUGGGUACUUUACCACGGAGGAGUUUGCUGUUUCUGUGUUUGUAGCUGCGGUGCACUUGGCAGCCCAGUGCGCCAAGCUAUACAACGAACUGAGUUCAUUCGAAGAGAUAUUCUCACCCACGCUCGAACUGAUCCAGCGUCUGCCCACUGGGAAAUUCUCAAGAGCCGCGCGGGAUAUCAUCGAUCAUAGUGUAUCGCUGAUAAGCGGACUCAUCAAAUCUUCGCGGCUGAAGCGGCGGCCUCUGGAGCUCCAAAAACGCAAGCCCAUGGCCAUACAGACAUAUGUUCCAAAGUUCCAGGAACACUACUCCGUGGACCGCAAGAGCAAUGAUCCCAAUCGUGAGCGUGCCGAGGAAAAGAAGCUGCAGUUCCAGUACAAGAAAGAGCUCAAAGGUGCCAUUCGAGAACUUCGCAAGGAUGCACGCUUCCUGGCUCGCGAGAAGGUUCAACGCAUCCGGGAGAGCGAUGCAGAUUACAAAAAGAAGAUGGACAAGGCAUUUGGGCACUUGGCGGCUCAAGAAGGUGCUAUGAGAGGAUAUGAGAGGGAAGUGAAGAAAAGCAAACGCAAGUAGCAAGUUUAUGGGUCAACCUGAGCAGAAAUCGAGAGCGGAAAAUUGUGAGCGGACGCCAUCUGUCCCAGUCCAGGAUUUCCGCAAUCGAGUGGGGAAGGAAUUGUGAGCAUCAAGCAAUGAGUUCGAGUAUUGUGCUUGCGAAACUCCAGGCAGUCAUAGAAAAGGCAGAUCACAAUAAACGUCCCCUCAGCAAAUAUGCAGAGCAAGUGUAGAAAAUGGAUAAUUGGAUGAAACGAUGUGGCGGAAAAAUCUAUCAAAUGUUGUAAAGUACAAAGACCAUGCGUUGAUUUGGUAUUCCAUUCACUGAGAAGUCGUCAGGGAAGCGCACAACUGAUGGGGAGGUUACGCAAACAGGACGGAUAGAGACAGCACCUGCU